ACCUAAUACACCUGUCAAAAUUCAAAAAUGAAGUUACCAUAAUUCUGAGAGCUUUUGUUUCGCGUGCACAGUUUGAAGUUUGGUGCCGUUCUGUCGGGAUCAGUUUGAUAAAAGUAAGGAUUAUUUAUUUAUAAGUAAUUUAAAAAUGCGCGAGUGCAUAUCUAUACAUGGAGGGCAGGCCGGCGUACAGAUCGGUAAUGCGUGCUGGGAGCUGUACUGCCUGGAGCACGGGAUCCAGCCCGACGGGCAAAUGCCCUCCGACAAGACCGUGGGCGGCGGCGACGACUCCUUCAACACGUUCUUCAGCGAGACGGGAGCGGGAAAGCACGUCCCGAGGGCCGUGUUCAUAGACCUGGAGCCAACAGUAGUGGACGAGGUGCGGACGGGCACGUACCGACAGUUGUUCCACCCCGAGCAGCUGAUCACGGGCAAAGAGGAUGCGGCCAACAACUACGCGCGCGGACAUUACACCAUCGGCAAGGAGAUCGUGGACCUGGUUCUCGACCGCGUGCGCAAGCUGGCCGACCAGUGCACCGGCCUGCAGGGCUUCCUUAUCUUCCACUCGUUCGGCGGCGGCACCGGCUCCGGCUUCGCCUCCCUUCUCAUGGAACGCCUCUCGGUCGACUACGGCAAGAAAUCGAAGCUGGAAUUCGCGAUCUACCCGGCUCCCCAGAUCUCCACGGCCGUCGUGGAACCGUACAACUCGAUUCUAACGACACAUACGACGCUGGAACACUCCGACGCCGCGUUCAUGGUGGACAACGAGGCCAUCUACGAUAUUUGCAGAAGAAAUUUGGACAUCGAGAGACCGACAUACACAAACCUGAACAGGUUGAUCGGGCAAAUCGUGUCGUCGAUCACGGCAUCGUUGAGAUUCGACGGAGCACUGAACGUGGAUUUGACCGAGUUUCAGACAAACUUGGUGCCGUACCCUCGCAUCCACUUCCCGCUGGUGACGUACGCGCCGGUGAUAUCUGCGGAGAAGGCGUACCACGAGCAGCUGUCCGUGGCGGAGAUCACGAACGCGUGCUUCGAGCCCGCAAAUCAAAUGGUGAAGUGCGACCCCCGGCAUGGCAAGUACAUGGCGUGCUGCAUGCUCUAUCGAGGGGACGUGGUGCCAAAAGACGUAAACGCAGCGAUCGGAACGAUCAAGACGAAACGUACAAUCCAGUUCGUUGAUUGGUGCCCCACUGGAUUCAAAGUGGGCAUAAACUACCAGCCACCGACGGUGGUACCCGGCGGCGAUCUAGCGAAGGUCCAGCGCGCUGUUUGCAUGCUGUCAAACACGACAGCCAUAGCGGAAGCGUGGUCGCGCCUCAACCACAAAUUCGACCUGAUGUACGCCAAGCGAGCUUUCGUACAUUGGUAUGUCGGCGAGGGAAUGGAGGAAGGGGAGUUCUCUGAAGCUCGCGAGGACCUGGCGGCCCUCGAGAAAGAUUACGAGGAGGUGGGCAUGGACUCCGGCGAAGGAGAGGGCGAAGGCGGCGAAGAAUACUAAUUUUUGUUUUUUUUUUUUAUUUUAUAGGGCUAUAUUUCAUCUCGCUUAGGUCUAAAAUGUUGUAAUUAUGAUUUAGUAAUGUCUAAUUAAUUGGGUAAUUUUAAAAUAAAUUAUGAAAGUGAAUUUGGUACUUUGGUUUUUAUUGUGCUUCUUAAUUUUAUUAUUCGAAAUGUCCCUUCAUUCUCACUUACGUUGGACAGUUCUAUUGACCCAAGUAAUAGGAUUUUUUAUCACACUUGUACUGUUAACAGAACUGGUAUUCCCAGGAUUCUAAACAAAACUUGGAAGAAUAGAAUCGGGGCAUUUUUCAAUAUAAUGAUUUUAUAGAAGGAAAACUACAAUUAGCAUAUUAAAUAAAACUAGUUUUUACGGGUUACAUGUACUGAAUUUAUUUAUUUAUUGAUGUUAUUAUGUUAUUUAUGUUAUUUAAUGACCUAAGAAACAAAUAUGGCAUAUUAAAGUUACCAACAAACCAUAAGCGCAUAUUCAUCAUUCCUCAAAUUUCUUAAGAUUUAUAAAUCGAGCAAAUCAAUGCUUACCAAUUAAUAUAUUAUUUAUUUAGACUGAGAAAUUUGUCCUAAAUCUUUGAUAAUUUCACCACUUUCUGAACCUAAAGUAGUUUUUAAAAUCUUUUGUUAAUGUUUAUAGAUAUUAAGCUUAUGUAACAGUUGGUAACGGUUGUUGAGUACCAAAAAAAAGGUAAAUUAAAAAAAUCAA